AGAUAAGUCAGGGAGGGGACAGAGCGGUCAUAGGCGCACCACGGAGAGGAGCGAGGCGGCGGAGGCACCAUGGGCAGGCAAGACCACAGGUCGGCCACCGAGCUCCGCAAGGAAAAGUCCCGGGAUGCGGCCCGCAGCCGGCGCAGCCAGGAGACCGAGGUGCUGUACCAACUGGCGCACACGCUGCCCUUCGCACGCGGUGUCAGUGCCCACCUGGACAAGGCCUCUAUCAUGCGCCUCACCAUCAGCUACCUGCGCAUGCACCGCCUCUGCGCCGCAGGGGAGUGGAACCAGGUGGGAGCAGGCGGAGAACCACUGGAUGCCUGCUACCUGAAGGCCCUGGAGGGCUUCGUCAUGGUGCUCACCGCCGAGGGAGACAUGGCUUACCUGUCGGAGAAUGUCAGCAAGCACCUGGGCCUCAGUCAGCUGGAGCUCAUUGGACACAGCAUCUUUGAUUUCAUCCACCCCUGUGACCAAGAGGAGCUUCAGGACGCCCUGACCCCUCAGCAGACCCUGUCCAGGAGGAAGGCGGAGGCCCCCCCCACAGAGCGGUGCUUCUCCUUGCGCAUGAAGAGUACACUCACUAGCCGUGGGCGCACCCUCAACCUCAAAGCGGCCACCUGGAAGGUGCUGCACUGCUCUGGACAUAUGAGGGCCUACAAGCCACCCGCACAGACUUCUCCAGCUGGGAGCCCCAACUCAGAGCCCCCGCUUCAGUGCCUGGUGCUCAUCUGCGAAGCCAUCCCCCACCCAGGCAGCCUGGAGCCUCCGCUGGGCCAGGGGGCCUUCCUCAGCCGCCACAGCCUGGACAUGAAGUUCACCUACUGUGACGACAGGAUCGCAGAAGUGGCUGGCUACAGUCCUGAUGACCUGAUUGGCUGUUCUGCCUACGAGUACAUCCACGCGCUGGACUUCGAUGCAGUCAGCAAGAGCAUCCACACGUUGCUGAGCAAGGGCCAGGCAGUAACAGGGCAGUAUCGCUUCCUGGCCCGGAGCGGUGGCUACCUGUGGACCCAGACCCAGGCCACAGUGGUGUCAGGGGGCCGGGGCUCCCAGUUGGAGAGUAUCAUCUGUGUCCAUUUUUUAAUCAGCCAGGUAGAAGAGACUGGAGUGGUGCUGUCCCUGGAGCAAACGGAGCAACACUCUCGCAGACCCAUUCAGCGGGGCGGCCCCUCUCAGAAGGACACUUCUCACCCUGGAGACAGCCUUGACGCCCCUGGCCCCCGGAUCCUCGCCUUCCUGCACCCCCCUUCCCUGAGCGAGGCUGCCCUGGCCGCUGACCCCCGCCGUUUCUGCAGCCCUGACCUCCGUCGCCUCCUAGGACCAAUCCUGGAUGGGGCUUCAGUAGCUGCCACCCCCAGCACCCCACCAGCCACACGGCGCCCCCGAAGUCCUCUUUCGGCUGAUCUCCCAGAUGAACUACCUGUGGGCACAGAGAAUGUGCACAGACUCUUCACUUCUGGGAAAGACACUGAAGCAGUGGAGACAGAUUUAGAUGUAGCUCAGGAUGCUGACGCUCUGGAUUUGGAGAUGCUGGCCCCCUACAUCUCCAUGGAUGAUGACUUCCAGCUCAACGCCAGUGAACAGCUACCCAGGGCCUACCACAGACCUCCGGGGGCUGUCCCCCGGCCCCGUGCUCAGAGCUUCCAUGGCCUGUCACCUCCAGCCUUUGAGUCCUCCCUGCUGCCCCGCUGGGGGAGUGACCCCCGGCUGAGCUGCUCCAGCCCUUCCAGAGGUGACCCCUCCGCAUCCUCUCUCAUGGCUGGGGCUCGGAAGAGGACCCUGGCCCAGAGCUCAGAAGGCGAGGACGAGGGAGUGGAGCUGCUGGGAGUGAGACCUCCCAAAAGAUGCCCCAGCCCAGAACCCGGAAACUUUCUGCUGUUUCCCCUCAGCCUGAGUUUCCUUCUGACAGGAGGACCAGCCCCAGGGAGCCUGCAGGAGCCCAGCACCCCCCUCCUGGACAUGAAUGAGCCCCUGGGCCUGGGCCCCUCACUGCUCUCUCCGUACUCAGAUGGGGACACCGACCAGCCCCGGGGCCACUUCCAGCCAGCGGCAGGCUCGGGCCAGGCUGACUGAGCCAGCUCCUCUCCCUGUCUCCCUUCUCCUCCCCUAGAAAGGACCUCAACCACACUCCAAGCCGGCAGCCGACGCACAGGAUGGGGGCGCCAGGAGAGGGCCCCCUCUCUCCUCUAAGUGCCCCCCUGCCCACCUCGGGCCUACCUCAGCCCUCACCCCUCUGCCUGCUCCCAAUGUGGGGACUCUUUGGGGUGGUCUCAGCUCAGUGACCUCUGGGAGGGGGUCCCUGCCUCCUCCUCCUCCUCUCAGGAUUUCUCUUGGGGUUCUCAAUACUUGGUUACCUCAUUAUCCCUUUCUCUGCCUCUCUUGGCUUUAUUUUGGGGAAUUAGGGGUGGGGAGGGUUAGGGGGUCGUGUCUGUGUUUCCGCGUUCUGGAGAGAACGAUGAUCCACAGGUCACCGUGAUCACGUUUCCUUCUGUCCUUCUUGUAUUAUUAUUUUUAUUUUUGUCUAUUUCAUAAUAUGGUUUUUAAUCACAA